UUCCCGUUGCAGUCUGCACCGAUGAGACGCCUGGCAAACAGGUGUAGGAACAACGCUAAAAAUCGCCCCGCUCCGCACCGUCCGGUCCGCUUGCAGUUUCUGCCACAUUGAUAAAGUUCAGCAUUUACCGGUAAAGAGUUCAUCGGAGUUUCGAACUUUCUGGAGACGAGGAUGAGCCAGUACGGAUCUCAGAGAGCGCUCAAUACUCACCGUCGAGCCGGGUCGAGGCAAGAUUUGUCGGCAGGGAUCCCGACCCACUAUGCUCGUAGUGAAGUUGUACAUAGCGGUAAUGGAUACGGACAGGAAUACAUGGACGGAUACAAUACGUAUGCCUUCUCAAAGGGUUCGAUGGGAGGCGGACAAGGCCAAUCCCCCCACAGUGCUCUCCACCAGAAGGCUUACCUCUUGCAGUCCCAGUGCCAGGAAUACCUGAGAAAAGCAGAGCACUGUCUGCAGUCAGGCGGCACCGCGGAGGGAGAACGUUACCUGGCCAUGGCGAGGGAGACGGUCGAGCAGCUGAAGGGAUGCGCCGUGGAUCUGCGUCAGAUGGGUCAGCCGAACGACAGCGUGAUCGUGAGCGUGGAUAUGUGCAUGGACCAGCUAAAGACGGUCCACAUGGCCUUCAACGGGACCAUGCAGAGGCGGAGCCGGGGGAGCAGGGGCAGCGCCGGCGGGUGGGAGGAGCCUGGGAGGAACUACCAAGAGGCCGUGGCUUGGAUUAAACAACAGAAGCGCCUGAUCGAGACCUCCACCUGGGGAGACGACCCGACCGCCAUCGAACAGCAGCUCGUCAGCCACGCCAGGUUCCACAGCUCCGUCCAGCGCAGCGCCGAGGUGGAGCGCGCCAGGGACGAACUGGAAGCUAAGGGUGACAAGGCCAAUCUGCACUCUCUGGAACAGGAAUGGGACAGUCUGCAGAAAAUGUCGUUCGGCCGGACGGACCGCCUGCGAGACCUGCAGGGCAUCAUCGAGGAGAUCUCCCAGGAGAUCAUGUGGGUGAACGAGAGGGAGGAGGAGGAGCUGGUGUUCGACUGGGGCGACCGCAACAUCGAGGCCUACAUCCCCCAGAAGCAGGAGGGCUACUCGAAACUGAUGAGUAAUCUGGAGCUGAAGGAGAAAGACCUGAACAAGCUCAAGCUGAAGGUGGACAACUUGCUGAAGGAUGGCCACCCGGCCUCGGAUAAGAUCGAGGCCUACAUGGACACUCUGCAGACCCAGUGGAGCUGGCUGCUUCAGAUCAUCAAGUGCAUCGACGUGCACCUGAAGGAGAACGCGGCCUACAGCCAGUUCUUUAGGGAGGCCAACGACACCUACAGCAAGCUGCAGAAGGAGCACGAGACCAUCCGCUUUAACUUCGCCUGUGACAAGAACACGCCCCUGGACAACCUGCAGGAACUACUACAGAGCCUGGAGAGAGAGAAGGGGAGGAUCAUGGAGAACAAGAGGCAGGUGCAGCACCUGGUCAGCAAGUCCAAGAGCAUCGUGAGGCUGAAACCACGCAACCCGGACAACAAAACCACCGGCACGGUCAUCGUGUCGGCUCUGUGUGACUUUAAACAAGACCAGAGAGUGAUCUGCAAGGGGAAUGAAGCCAUCUUGAAGGACAACAGCCAGCGCAGUAAGUGGCAGGUGACGGGGCCUGGAGGUAUGGAUAUGAUGGUGCCCUCGGUGUGUCUGCUGGUGCCACCACCCAACCCCCUCAGCAUCAACCUGGCCACCAAGAAUGAGCAGUAUUACGAAGCCAUCUUGACCAUGUGGAACCAGUUCUACAUCAACAUCAAGAGUCUCAUCUCCUGGCAGUACUGUGUCCAAGACAUCACCCACAUAAACUCCCUCACUCUCACCAUGCUGGCUCGCAUGCGUCCAGAGGAAUACCGCAGCAUCGUCAAGAGCCUGGAGUCCCACUACGACGAGUUCAAAGUCUGUUGCCAUGGCUCCCAGAUGUUCGGGGACGAGGACAAGAGAAGCAUCGAGAGCCAGUACACUGGUGCCCAGGCCCACUACGACCAGCUCGUGGUGCAACUGCCUGCCUACACCGCGCAACAGCAACAAAUGCAGCAGCAGCAGCAGGUGCAACAGCAGCAGGUGCAACAGCAGCAGGCCACCAGGGUGGAGGAGACCAAGAAAGUGGUGGUGAAGAAGGAGGAGGUGAAGAAGGUCAAGAAGAAGGUCCCGGCCUCCCAGAGCCUGACGGAGCUGCACGCGCUCAGAGUGAGGCUGGACGGCGCGGAGGCGGGGCUAACCCAGCACAUCCACGUCUGUCUGGGCGAGGACGGGGUGCACGACUGUGGCCUGAGGAUCACCAGGCUGGAGGCGGUGCAGCGGGACAUUGAGUCCAGCCGUGCGGAGUACCUGCGGCUGAAGGAACGCAUCCAGAAGGAGCUGGAGGACAUGAGCGAUGCUGACAAAGCCCAGUUCCUGCGCAGCGAGCUCAGCCUCGUCAACCAGAGACUGGGCACCCUGGAGGGUUGGUCUGCGGCCUACCUACAGAGGCUGCGGGCUCUCAGUUCUCUCCUGGAGAGCGUGGCCCGGUGUGAGGACAUCGUGAAGGUCCACGAGGCCAGGCUGACUGAGAAGGAGACCACCUCACUGGAUCCGGCCGAGGUGGAAGACUACAUGUCCACCCUGAAGAGUAUGAGGGCGGAGCUGGAGCAAAAGAAAGACGUCCUGGUCUCCAUGGAAACCGAGCUGGGCAAGGCGGUCCACUGGAACGACCAGGUGGGCGGGUCCUUCCACAGGUGCGACGUGGACCUGUCCCGCUACGGCGAGCAGGUGAGCCAGCUGAGCGACCGCUGGCGCCGCAUCCAGAACCAGAUCGACUCCAGGCUCCGUGGGCAGACGGUGUAUCUGCAGCAGCUGCAGCACUACAGGGGCACCGGUUCCACCCUGGGGGAGUGGAUCGGCGGCACGCGAAAGCAACAGGACGGACUGCACGGCGCCAAGAUCGACGACAUCGGCGGCCUGAACGAGCACCUCAGCCAACAGAAGGCUCUGAACACGGAGAUCAAGGGGAGAAGGGAGAACGUGGAGAGCGUGCUGAGGGACAACGAGACCUGCGUGAACUCCAUUAAGGACUACGAGUUGGAGUUGGCCUCGUACAGUGCUGGUUUGGAGACCGUCCUUAACAUCCCUAUCAAGAGGACCAUGCUACUGUCCCCCGCCAACGAGCUUACCCAAGAGGCUACACAGCUUCAGACCCGCUAUAUCGAGCUUUUCACCCUUUCGAGUGACAACUACAGAUACCUAGGCAGGCUAGUCAAUAGCAUGGAGGAACUCAAGAUGAGGAACACCAGGAUCGACCUGCUGGAGGAAGAGCUCCGUCUCCUGAAGGGGAACGUCGCGGACGGCGACGAGAAGAACCGCUCCCUGGAGGAGACCAUCGCUCGCUACCGCCUGGAGCUGGCCCAGUCCCAGGAGCACCUGAUCUCGGUGGAGGAGGUGAAGAGGCACACCGCCCUGCAGUGCAACACCACCAAGGACAGCCUGGCCUCCACCCAGAGCCAGCUGCAGGACCUCAACGAGCAGGUGGCCCGCCUCACCUACAGCAUCGAGGAGGAGAAGAGGAAGAGGACCCUGGCGGAGGAGCGCUACGGGGAGCAGCGGCAGGAGUACGAGGCCAUGCUGAGGAAGAGGCAGAAGGAGCUGGAGGAGGUCAGCUGGGCCAAGAUGGAGGUGGAGAAGAGCGUCGGCGACCGGGAGAGGGAGGCGGAGAGGCUGAGGAGGCAGCUGGCCGAAGAGGCGUCCAGGAUCAAGGAGCUGGAACUGGAGCUUUCCAAGGUAAGGAGCCUGUGCUGUGCGGAGAUCGCUAACAUAAAGCAAACCUACGAGUCCCAGAUCCACAUCAGCCACACGGACAUCCAGCGCCUGACGACCCAGCGGGAGGAAGACGGCGCCGGCCUGAGGCUGCAGUGCGACAUGCUGGAGGCCGAGCGGAGGGACCUGGAGGAGGAGCUGAGGAGGCUCCGUCUCUCCCUGAGCCAGGCGGAGGAGCAGAGGAGGAGGGCCGACGAGGAGGCUUUCAGCCAGAAGGCUGCAGGCUCCGAGGAGGCCCGGAGGAGAAGGGAGCUGGAGGAGCAGGUGGAGACCCUGCUGAGGCAGAGGGCUGAGGAGAGCAGCCAGCACGGCCAGGAGCUGGCCCAGGUCACAAAGGUCCUCCAGGACAAGAACGGCCAGCUGGCUCACCUCACACACAUCCUGGAGGAGGAGAGCCGCAGGAGGACGGUCCUGGAGGAAGAGAGGGUCGUGAUGGAUAAGACCCUCAUCAAGGUCCAGGCCCAGCAGUCCUCGUCCACGGUGAUGGUGGCCAGGCUGGGGGAGGUGGAACUGGAACUGAACAGGCUGAGGCCCCAGCUGGAGAAGGAGGCCAGCGAGAGGAGCAGGCUGGAGCAGAGCUUGACCAGGCUACAGGCACGCGUCCGGGAACUGCAGGCCACCAGAGAUGGGCUGGAAUUGGAGUUGGAAGCGCUCAAGAAAACCAACCUGGACGACGUGACAAAGAGAAAGAGAGUGGAGCUCGAGCUGGAGAAGACCACCAUGACCAUGAGGGAGUACACCGGCACCAUCAACACGCUGCGGCAGAGCCAGGAGGACGCCAUCGCCGGGGGGAGGAGAGGGGAGGAGGAGCAGCGCAGGCUGAAGGGGGAGCUCGAGAGGAGCGUCCGGGAGCACAAGGCCUCGACGGAGCGCCUCGCCCAGCUGAGCGGCCAACUGAAGGCCCUGCAGCAGCAGCUCCUCCAGGAGCAGGGCCGCGUCCGCGACAGCGACCACCGCUACGAGAGCCUCCACAAGACCCUGGAGGAGAAGACCACGGCGCUCAACGAGAGCUCCGCGGCGCUGGAGAAGCUCCGGGGCCUCACGGAGACCCUCACCAAGGAGAGGUUGAGGCUGGAGGAGGAGCUGAGGGGGGUCAGGCAGGAGAAGGAGGAGCUGGUGAGAGCCAGGAGGGGGGCCGACGACGAUCUGGCCUCCCAGAUCACAGCCCUGGAGCUGCAGUUGCAGAGCAGCGCGCGCAGCAGCCGGGAAUACCAGAACCUGGUGUCCGAGCUCUCCUCCGAGAGGGAGAAGCUGAGGCUGGAGAUAGAGCUAAUCCAAAAGCAGUCCAUCGAGACCUCGUCUAAGAUCCAGAGUACUCAAGUUCAGUACAGCGACGUGGUGAAGGAGAGGGAUGCCCUGCUGCUUAAGCUCAAUGCCACGGACCAGGACAAGGCUCACAGGCUGGAGGAGGAGCUGAACCGCAUCAAGCUCUCCCUGGAGUCCGAAGUGCGCCUGAAGCGGCGUUUCCAGGAGGAGAGCGAACAGGUGAAGAAGGACUUCCUGUACUGGAAGGACCUGGCCGGGACCAAGGAAGGCCAGGUCAAGCAGUUUGUCUCCGAGCGCGAUAGGCUGGAGCGAGACCGGGCCUCUAUGAAGAGCGAGAUGGAGAGACUGAUGAGGGAGCUGAGGGAGGUGGAGGAGACCUACAAGAGAAAGCUUGUGAGCACCCAGAGAGAGCUGUCCAGCCUGACCUCCGUGAGAGACUCGCUGGAGGUGGAGUUGAGGAAACUGAGGGAGCGCCCCGACACCUUGCCCAAACACACCCAGACAGAGAAGACCCUGCUGGACCCCUCCACGCUGGUCUUCGACGGCGUCCGCAAACCGGUGACCGCCCAGCAGCUGCUGGACUGUGGUGUCCUUGACGUGCCCAUCUUUAACCAGCUGAUCAAGGGCCAGAAGACAGUUCCUGAGGUGUCUGUGGACAUCAAGCUGAAUCUGAAGGGAACCGGCGCCAUCGCUGGUGUGGCCUCAGGACCUCAGGGCAAAAUGUCUCUCACAGAGGCCCGGAAGGCCAAACUUCUGUCUCCGGAAAGCUCCGUCUUGCUGCUGGAGGCCCAGGCCGCCACGGGCCACAUCAUCGAUCCCAGAGCCAAUCGGAAACUCACGGUGGAUGAGGCGUAUGCGAAUGAGGUGGUGGAUGAAGAGCACAGAGGGAGGCUGUUGGUGGCGGAGGCCGCAGCCGUGGGCUACCGGGAUCCCAACACCAGCAAGAUCCUAUCAGCGAGCCAGGCCAUGAGGAAGGGGCUGAUUGACAGGGAUACGGCUCUGCGCUUCGUUCAGGCUCAAGAGUCCAUGGGAGGCAUCCUGGACCCUGUCCUCAGUGUGUUCCUCCCCAAAGACGUAGCCAUGGACCGCGACCUCAUCAACGAGGACCUGUACCGGGCCCUGAACCAGACGCCCGAGUGCUACCUGGACCCGGACACCCAGCUGGGGGCUAGCUACGUGUCGCUGAAGAGGAAGUGCAAGGUUGACCCCGGCACGGGCCUGCUGCUCUUGCCCGCGCCUGAGAAGCCCAUGACGGUACAGGGGCUGAGGGACCAGGUUGCGGUGUCUGACCUGGUGGACGCUAACCUGCUGGAGCGCACCGACGUCGACCAGCUGAGGGAGGGCAAGCUGACGAGCCAGGACAUCGAGACCCGUCUGCGCACCUACCUGCGAGGGUCCACCUGCAUCGCGGGCGUGUACGACGAGGCCAGCGGCAAGACCAUGCCCAUCUACCAGGCCAUGAAGGAGGGUCUGCUUCGACCGGGGACCACCAUGGAGCUCCUGGAAGCCCAGGCUGCUUCGGGCUUCAUGAUCGACCCGGUCAACAACCUCUACCUCACCGUGAGUGAGGCAUACACCAAAGGCCUGCAUGGUCCGGAGUUCAAGGACAAGCUGCUGUCAGCCGAGAGGGCCGUCACGGGCUACCAAGACCCCGGGACCGACAAGAUCAUAUCCCUGUUCCAGGCCUUGGAGAGGGGCCUGAUAGAGAAGGGCCACGGUAUCCGGCUCCUGGAGGCCCAGAUCGCCAGCGGAGGCAUCAUCGACCCCAAGCACAGCCACCGCAUCGACGUGGACGUGGCCUACAAGAAGGGCUACUUCGGCAAGGAGAUGAGCCAGAUCCUGACCGACGAGGGGGACGACACCAAGGGGUUCUUCGACCCCAACACCGAGGAGAACCUGACCUACCUCCAGCUGAAGAAACGCUGCAUCACGGACGAGAAGACCGGCCUCAUUCUCCUCCCCAUCAUCGAUAAGAAGAAACAGCAGUCCACUCAGAAGAACACUCUGAGGAAGAGGAGGGUGGUGAUCGUGGACCCCGACACCAACAAGGAGAUGACCGUGAAGGAGGCCUACAACAAGGGGCUCAUCGACUACGAGACCUUUCUGGAGCUUUCCGGGCAGGAGUGUGAGUGGGAGGAGAUUGUGGUCACCAACCCUGACGGUUCCUCCUCGCUGGCUCUCAUCGACAGGCAGACGGGAACCAAGUUCGACAUCACGGACCUUCUGAAGAACGGAGUGAUAAGCCAGUCGGUGUUUGAACAGUACCGUGCCCAUACCAUUACCCUCACGCAGUUUGCGGAUAUCAUCACCAGCAGGAUCAAAGCCAGCUCAUCUUUGUCAACAUCUUCAUCAGCAACGGCAGCAGCAACGGCAGCAGCAACGGCAGCAGCAACGGCAGCAUCAGCGGCGGCAACAGCAGCUUCCACAGAGAAGGCGACAGCAAAAUCCUUCUCUUCUCUCUCCUCGUCAACCAUGUCCUCCCAGAGAACGACGACGACCUCGUCCGUCAUAUCCGAGCGCUCCACCGUCGUCGACGGCUCGGCAGCCUGGGCCACUGCCUCCGACCCCCAAAACUACCUGAAGCACAUCGCCAGCGUCUCCAUCACCCUGGCCGACCCGGCCGAGGUCUUCAGUGAACAGAGCCCGGUGGGGGCCAUCUUUGACACUGAGACCUUGGAGAAAAUCUCCAUCACUCAGGCUCUGAAAAGAGGCCUGAUGGACUCCAUCACUGCUCAGAGGCUCCUGGAGGCCCAGGCCUGCACUGGGGGCAUCGUCAACCCAGCCACCGGCCGCAGAAUGGGCAUCCAAGAGGCUUCCCACCAGGGCAUCAUAGAGGCCGAUAUGGCCACCAAGCUGAAGGCUGCCCAGAAGGCCUAUAUUGGCUUUGAGGAUGUCAAGUCCAAGAGGAAGAUGUCUGCGGCCGAGGCCAUGAAGGAGAAAUGGUUGCCGUACGAGGCAGGCCACAGGUUCCUGGAGUUCCAGUACGUGACGGGGGGGCUGUAUGACCCGGAGCUGGGCCGCCGACGAACCAUCGAGGAGGCGCUGCAGAUGGGCUGGCUGGAUGCGAGGGCGGCGCAGAAGCUCCAGGAAACCCGUCACCAUGCCAAGAACCUGACUUGCCCCAAGAGCAAGCUCAAGAUCUCCUUCAAGGAGGCCAUGGAUAACAGCCUGCUAGAGGAAAACACCGGGGUGAGGAUGCUCCAAGCGUCCACGAUCUCGUCCAGAGGCAUCAGCAGCCCCUACAAUGUGUCCUCCGCCCCCGGCUCCGCCUCUGGCUCCAGGUCGGGGUCGCGCAGGGGCAGCGUUGAUCUAGGCUCCUCCUACAGCUACAGUAGCUACAGCCACACAUCCGUAUCCAAGAUGUAAGAUGGUGGGGGAGAGAGGAAAAAUUAGUUCAUCCUUCAGUCAGCCUUUGUCUUAACUUCUUAACAAAAUGGUGUUUAUUCACGGAGUAAAGCUUUGCAAUAUGCAUAUUUUCAGGCACACUUAAAAAGAAAAAGGCCACAUGAAAUGCAGUAUAACAGUUUGAGUGAAAGUGAAUGAAAAUGUAUAAAGAUAAUAAAGAAAAAAGGGACUUUAAUAAGGUUUGGUUUUAAAAUGUAUUGGCUUUGUUUGGCAUAUGAUAAACCUGUCGUCAGUCUACUGUACCCCAGUCAAACAUAUUGCACUGCAAACAUAAUUGCUUUUAGGUAAGAGAUGUUUAGGAAAGAGAAAUAAAAUGUAUGUGUUUUUGAAAUACAAUAAGUUACAUAGGCUACUUUUUUCUUGAGCUUGUGUGGGAUAACAGUUUGUCAUAAAUAACAUUCCUUAUCGUUCAUGUAGUAUUUCCGCUGUAAGGUGGUGUCUGAUAACAGUUUCCUUUAACACUUUGUAACUAUUUUUCUAUUUCUCAAAAUAAAAUUGUUAUAUCCUUCCA